AAAUCGAACCCUUCUGUCCUCCUCGUGAGUCCUCUAAGGAUCAAUAGAGACACACCAAAGAGAGAAAAAGCAAAGGAGACGCUGCUCUGAGGAUGGCGGACAACGCGAGAUCAGACUCGAAUCUAUGCGAAAUCGUCAUAGAAUGUAACAACAAACUACCAACACAGAAGUUGGCCAAAAAGAACUGGCAAAGCGAUCAACGCUGUGAAAUCACCGAGGCAUGCGUCCAAGAUCUCGGUUUCUCCAUUGUUGACAUGAACGGGGAGAAGAGGAAGUCCUUGCGGCUUCGUUGGGCCCCGAAAACUUCGGCGAAAAGUCUGGAAGAUGAGUUCUUCAUAGUUUCCGAAGGUGACCACGAGAUAUUCUUGGGCCAGGAAGCCUGCGACAAGUGGUAUUACGCCAGCAACCCCGGAAUCUAUCCCUGCUUCAUGAAGAAAGUGCCGAGGGAAAUCGUGGCGAAGAAGGAAGAGGAGAAUAAGGCGCGACAGGCACAAGAGAUAGCUGCAGAGAAGGCGAAAUGGAUCGAAGGUUUUCAGCGAGAGCGACCGAGUCCGUCAAUCGAAACCCCUGGGCCACACCUCUGAUAGACACUGCAUCAGCCCG